CCGCCCUCCGGCAGGCCGCCGGGAACCCGCCGCCGCCUCCGCAGCCGCAGCCCCCGCCGCCAGAGCAGCCUUCGGCCUCCAGCCGCGCCGAGGACGCGGACUCCGCGAGGAGGCCCCGGCUGGAGUCACCGCCGCAGGUGGAGACGCCGCCGGAGACGCCAUGCUCCUCGAGGACGGAGUCGCUUCCCGGGUUCGUCGAGGCCGCGGAGGGACAGCCGAAGUCCCGCGCCGACACCAUGCGGGCGCUCUUCACAGGCCGAGACCUGGGCACAAAGUCCCUGCCCCUGUCCACGAUCUCCCGGCCGGCCAAGGACUGCAGGCUGGACGCCCGCGCUCUGAAGCAGAGCCACGGAGGGCGCGACGGCGAGGACGAGGAGGAGGAGCACGACCGCCUCCUCUCCUGGCGCCUCUCCUGGCUCCACGCUGGCGCGGCGGGCCCCGCCGGUGGCGCCCCCGCGGAGGGCGGCUCUGCCGCGGCGGCGGCGGACGCGCCACCGGCGGACCCGCGCGGCGGGCACGGCGAGGUGGCGGCGCCGCCGCCGGAGGCGGAUGAGGCGGCGCCGGCGGAGGCGGAGCCGGACGAUGGGCCGCCCACUCCGGCGGGCGGCGGCGCCAUGAGCCUCGCGCUCCCGGAGGGAUCGCUCGCGCUCGCGCCCCCCGACAGGAAUCUAGCCGUGCCGCUCGGGACCGUGCCCUCGCUGCCGCCGCAAACGCCAGGGGGCGCCUCGUCGCGCGCCGGCGGUGCCGAGUCGCGCGCCGGGGGCGCCGGCGAGGGCGGGAAGACGGUGCGGAGCCCGAAGAGCCGGGACGGCAGGAGAACCCGACCGCCACGGACGCGGAGCUGGAGGAGCAGCAGCUCGAGCUGCUGCAGGAGGCGGCCCGGCUGCUGCAGAGGGGGCUGGACUGACUCCGGGCAGUUCCAGCCGCCCGACCCCGAGGGCGUCUCGCCCAAGGCGACGCCGGCGCAGCGCAAGCUCCCCAAGGGGGCGCAGGUCAGCAGCCGCCGCCACAGCACCGCCAGCAUGAGCCUCCACCUCGGCGUGCGGGCACCCGUGAUGAGUGGCCGGAGCUCCAUGAGGUGACCGGCCGCCCGGAGCUCCCCGAGGGCCACGCCCGCGCCGACGGCUGGGCGGUGCUGCGUCUGCGGCCGCGCCCGGCGGCGUCCAGGGGGCCAAGGGCGGCCAGGGCCCCGGGCCCCGGCUGCGCACAGGCAGCCCCCCACCCUAGAGGCGCGGCACGUGCCGAGGGUGAGGCCCAGGCCCCCACGAGGUACGACAAAAAGUGCACGAACGGUAGGAAGCAUUCCAACCCGACAUUCUCAAGUAGUUGGCCAUGUCCAGGCCCACCCGGAUGUUCUUGGCACGUGUUCGUAGUUUUGCAGACGCUAUCCCUCUUGCACUCUUUUGUGCCAGAAGCUGGAAGCACAUGACGUGGCCAGCCUGAGGGAGAUGCCUAAGUUCAAUCAGGCUUUUCUUCUCCUGGCAGUUUCUCUGUAGACCUUUCUGUGCGGCGUGGGUGCGAGCGAAAUACACGCUGCAACCCGUGCCGCGCCCUCCCGUUCCAUCUGAUCUUCAUUACUUCUUUGCGCGAUCUCUCUCGUCUCUGUCCCCGUCCGUGUCGCCGCGUUUCCUGUCUUCCUUGCUCUCUGGCUCUCUUCUAGUUGGGCUUUGGUUCCGCCCCUUUAUAGCUUUGCAGAUCGGACGCCCGGUCACGCAUGCCCCUCUCGCUGCGACCAUGACAUCAAUGCGACGCAUGGUUUCAGAUGAAAACAGGUCUUGUUGAGAGAAGGAAGCACGGGCACCUGCUGUGCUUGGCCGCUGCCCAGACCACGUGGCUCGGUG